AUGGACAACAUUCCAGUUGUUAACUUCAACCAACUCAUUAGGCAAUACAAUGAGUCCUAUAAGAGAGAUUUCGAGUUGGUAUUCACAUUUGGUGCCAACUCAACAAUCAUAUGUCGCAACACCGACAUAGCAAAGUUCAACACUUUCUUCAAUGACAAUGAAGCUCUCUUCCGUACCCACGAGAUCUUGAUUAACCAGUUGGUAUUGGUACCCGCUGGACAAGGAGAGAUCGAAGUUGUUCAUCUCAACAAGAAGAAGCUCCAAAAAGCCUAUGGAAUGGCUUUUGUUGUCUACAUCAAGGUUUGCAGAUAUCUUAACUUGGUUCCAAAUGACAGAUACACCGACUGUGUCAUUAUCAAGAUCGAA